AUGGCGAACCUUGUCAAGAACAUUCUCAUCCUCGGCGGAUCUUUUGGCGGUGUUAGCACAGCACAUAGAAUCCUCAAGCAGUCAGCCAAAACUGGACUCGCCAUCAAGAUCACCUUGGUUUCACCAAACACCCAUGCAUACUGGAACCUUGCAUCCGUACGAGCAAUUGUACCUGGAGAAAUGUCAGAUGAGAGAAUUUUCUCUUCCAUAACUACAGGUUUCAAGCAAUACCCAACUGAUAAAUUCGAGUUUAUUGUCGGUACCGCUGAAGGACUGGAUGUGGAGAACAAAACAGUUGUUGUUUCGGGGGAUAGUGGGAGAUCAAGCUUGAACUACGAUACACUUAUACUUGCCACUGGUUCAAGAACUAGAGAAGAUUCUCCUUUCAAAGGCAAGGGUUCCUAUCAAGAAACACUUGACUCGUUACAUGAAUGGCAAUCCAAGGUCAAGAAUGCAUCUUCUAUCUAUAUCGCCGGAGCUGGGGCCACAGGUGUCGAAACAGCUGGUGAGCUAGGGUUUGCAUACGGAUCAGCGAAGAAAAUUACUCUGAUUGCAAGUGGUCCAACUGUUCUUGAGGGAACUCCACCAAGUGUCUCAAAAACUGCCACCAAACAACUACAAAGCCUUCAAGUUGACAUCAUGGUCUCUACCAAAGUUUCUGGCUCAGCAAAGACACCAGACGGGAAAUACGAACUCACAUUCUCUAAUGGCAAGAAAAUCACCACCGAUUUAUACAUUCCAAGUAUGGGUCUCGUACCAAAUUCUUCAUAUAUUCCAGAAAAAUACCUCAACCCAGCAGGUUAUGCAAUCGUGGACGAGUUCUUGAGGCUAAAAGGAACUGAAGAUGUUUGGGUUGUGGGUGACGUGUCAGCUGUUGAACGACCACAAUAUGUGAAUACCGAAAAGCAAAGUGUGCAUGUUGCGAAGAACAUUGGAUUGGGAUUGAAGAAUUCCCAGCCAGUUGGUUAUAAGGUUGCUGAAAAAAAUAUGCUGGCAGUUACAGUUGGCAAAAAGGUCGGCACAGGUCAUAUGGGAGGAAUGAAACUCCCUAGCUUCAUGGUCAACAUGGUGAAGGGAAAGACUUUGUUUUCUGAGAAAUUGGUGCCUAUGGUCAAUGGAUCGUCAUUUUAA